AUGUGGAAUGACGAGGAUUUUGUUCCCGACCCAGAUGAUGGGGCAUUGCUCGAGGCCUUGAGAGUCAUUAGCUCUUCGAGUAGGCCUGGCCUUGACAGCUCCACAUCAUCCACACACGUCUCGCCUUUGAGCAUUUUGGCGACUGCAGACAUUGUGGGCCGGUUCUUGGGCUUAUCUUGGGUGCAUAACAGCCCGAUUUUCACGAACCUGAAAGCUUCGUCGGUGUUGAAAUCCCCAUUGAGUGAUCUAUCGAUCAAGUCGAUUGGCCUUGCCUCGAAUUGCAUACUCAGGAGCCAAAUAACCACUGCAAAAGAAUAA